CAUAGGCGAACUCGCUCUUUUAGUCUGUGCUUCAUGAUAUUGGAAUAGUCACAAAGUGGCUAGCUUUACGAACGUUUUAAUACCUGUGAUUAUGGGUUAGUGUCUGUUUUCAAUUUCAAAACAAAAAUGUUACAGUUAGAGAUAGAGAGUUAGAUAAGAGAGACUUGUGGCCGACGCAAUCCCGUUUCAUCACCCGAUCCCUAUCCCCUGUGAUAAGAAAUUAAGAAUAAGACAAGACCUAUAUAAGCACCUAAGAGAACUAGAGAAGACAGAAGACAGAAGACUAUUUCGUCUGUUAACAAAACUGACUUCUGGCAUCGCUGCAAACACAUUGUUUUUUAACAAAUACUGGGAAUUUUUCUUUCGUGCGUCACAGUUAACGAUUUGCUAAUAAGAUAGGCUUUAAUAUUUGCAUUGAAUUCUUAAUAAGUAAGACUUUCCCGCCUAGUUUAGAGACUAUUUAGAUUUCACGUGAAACUGAUGCCUUUCGAAUUUUUCUGGAACACGUGGUAGAUCGUCGAUGUACAUGCCAUUUUAAUCUGAUAACAAGAUGCAUAGAGCAAGGUGGAUUUUGCAGAUAUUUUCGAAUGGAUUCUUACCAGAAGAAAAAUAGGGGACACAACAAUCAUCAUAGUAACUAUCACUCCAAUUAUCGUGACCAUUCUUCAAACAGAGAUUCAUUUGAUGGCAGCUAUGGGGGCUCUUCUAGAUCAGAUUCGGUCUCACCUAAUUCCCAUAGAAAAACAGCACAGUUGACUUUUGAAUGCAGAGUUUGUUUGAACACCUAUCAGAGUAAGAGGGAACUGAAUUCCCAUUUGCAUGCUGCCCAACAUUUAAGAUCUCUUUCAAGAGCCACUCUACCUGAAAAUGAUCAGCAUUUUCCAAGCCGGAAACGAGUAUUUUUGGGAUUCAGUUGUAAAGUUUGUUCACAUCAAUUUGAGACACACAGUGAAUUAAGAAAACAUCUUUCAGACUCUGAUCAUCAUUGGACACCAAAACGAUCAAGGGAAAUGUCAAACCAAGACAGAAAUUCAUAUAAACACGAAAAUUACUCGAGGCGUCACAGGCAUCAAUCUUCCACCGAUGUAAGAUCAGACAAAUCUUUGGAUUGGCCAAAUCGAGAUCUCUUCGACGCAGAAAAUGAGAGAGCUAAGUCCAGUCUUUCUUUACGGUCGUAUGGAUCUACAGACCUGAUAUUGGAUACUCCUGUUACCAUGCUAGAAAAGAAUGCACGCAUAUUAAACGAUGGUAUUUAUAACUCCAGAACGGAGAAAACUUACGAGGUCAACGUGAAAGUACAUAAACAUUCUUCUAAUUAUGAAACAGACAACGAUCCUUCCUUUAUAACAAGUCCAGAUAACUCAGUUCUGUUGCAAUCUAAAGUGUCUAUUGAAGUGUCUUCUAUGUCCGAGAGCCAUAAAGGAGUGGCUGUUAUUCCGACUGAAUCGGCCACUCGGACAAAAGAUCCUCGUCAGAAUUUUUUGUGCAGCAGAUCAGAUGCAGUCAGAACACAACCUAAAAUUCAAAAUACGAAAUGGGCACCUGUCUAUUGCGAUCGUUCAAAAUCUAGUUUAGUGGAAAAGAAAAUUCCCUGGAAGCUUAUCCCUAUAGAUUUUUCGUCAGAGAGUUACAAUGGUAACCUGCAACCUGAUGGUGGUACAUUGGCUCCAACAGUUCCUAGUCCUACCGAAGAGAUUCCAGAAGUAUCGAUUGAUCAGCUGGCAGCACAAUUGAAAGAAAAUACUGGGGCGACAUUUAUACCUCAUUUGAGGAUGUCAGCUAAUGUGUCCCAUUCCACGAUAUCUUCUGAAACAAAUUUGUUGAUCCGCUUUAAUCGGGAUCUGGUCUCUUCGCAUGUCAGUUCAACCAGUUUUUCGGAGGAGCAAGCCGUCUCCCAAUCGCCAACGCCAUCCCUAGACAAAGCCAAUUCGGUUCCAGAGCUAAAUUCCUCUAUUAAGAUCUCAGAAAGAUCCAUUGAAAAUUCAGCUGCAGUUAAACCCGGAGAUGAGUUCGAUUUAGAACCUUGGCACCCUGAUUCUACUUCGUUGUUACCUUUACUGAAAUAUGAUCAAGCUACCAACCCUGAAGAAAAUACGAUACCUGAGUCUGCCAAUUCUUUGCCGUCUGCGGAGCCUAUAUCUAUUCCUCCGGCUGUAAUAGAUCAUCAAGUCGAGGCAGACAUACUAAAAGCCUUAGAGACACUCAGCCCCAUGGUCAGUGCCACCGUGUUGUCAGCUUCUGUUUCAAUUUCAUCUUGCUCAUCCCAAGUACUUAUUUCCAAUACUAAUAACGCGGUAUCAUCCCAAUGUACCCUACCUGUUCUAAGAGAUGACAUCGAUCCUGUGUUACCAGGCAAUAAUUUAAUUUCUAUCCCUGCUAUUGAGAUGCGUUGUGCCGAUCCGGUUGCGUUAUGCGCAGAGCCCACCAAAGAAACGGAGUGUAGCUUUAACCACUCUGAUAACUCAUCUACUUCUUCUUGCGAACCAGUUGAGGAACCAGUUACGAUAGAAGAACUGACUGACUCAUGUCCUUGUUGCCAAACUGUGCUCGAUAUUGGUUGCUUAAAGAUUGAUUUGAACACUGGCAACGCAUCAGUGCAUUGUCUCGAAUGCAGUGUACAUAUAGUCAUGAGAAAUGCUUUCAUGAAGAUGCGAUGAAAUUACCGUUUUCCCCCAAAUGUUUUAAUAUCAAAAGUUGUCCGCUGCAUAUUUUUGUUUCUAUGGCAAAUCGAUUUUGUUUUAUAAAGUCCUAGAAGUACAGAUGCCAAUUUUA